GCCCCCCCCACACUGCUAUUUCCCUCCCUCCCCCCUUUUCGUUUCCGGCGCUCCCGCCUUCUCUCCGCCGCGGCUCAACUCCGAGCCAGUGGGGGGGAGGGAGGGAGGGAGGGGGCGUGGAGGAAUCGGGGUUCUCGGGAGCACGAGCUGCAGCACCACUUCCGGAAAGUUCAGGAGCCCUGGAAAGGACAAGGAAUAAGACGACAGGAGGAAGAGAGAGAGAGGGUAGAAUGGAAGAAUCUCACUUCAAUUCUAACCCGUACUUCUGGCCUUCCAUCCCCACGGUCUCAGGACAGAUUGAGAACACGAUGUUCAUCAACAAGAUGAAGGAUCAGCUGUUGCCAGAGAAGGGCUGUGGGCUGGCUCCACCCCACUACCCCACCUUGCUGACAGUGCCUGCCUCGGUGUCCCUGCCCUCGGGCAUCAGCAUGGACACAGAGUCCAAGUCAGACCAGCUGACCCCACACAGCCAGGCGUCUGUUACCCAGAACAUCACGGUGGUCCCCGUGCCGUCGACAGGACUGAUGACUGCUGGUCCCGGCUUGGUUAUCACGUCCCCCUCAGGCUCCCUCGUGACCACGGCCUCGUCAGCUCAGACCUUCCCCAUUUCGGCUCCCAUGAUUGUCUCAGCUCUUCCCCCUGGCUCACAAGCCCUGCAGGUGGUCCCUGACCUCUCUAAGAAGGUAGCAUCGACGCUAACAGAAGAAGGAGGCGGUGGUGGCGGUGGAGGUGGCACUGUGGCUGCUAAACCCCCCCGGGGCCGAAAGAAGAAGCGGAUGCUGGAGUCGGGGCUGCCCGAGAUGAACGACCCUUACGUCCUCUCCCCUGAGGAUGACGAUGACCAUCAGAAAGACGGCAAGACCUACAGGUCAGAGUCAGAGCCAGGGGCAGGGUGGGGGCGGCUCUCAGCUUCCCUGCCCCCACCGGGCUCUGCACUCUGGCAGCUUCCACCUCAGGUCCACGUGCAUGUCAGGUGUUCUGUUGAGGGGUAGGAAGGUGAAGCUUCUAGCCCUUCUCUGGGGCCUCUUCUCCAGGAUGCAGACCCAUUUCACCCCUUCCUUUUUUGGGGUCAUCAGCAUUGCCUUAUUUUGGGGUGACAUAAUGGAAUUUCUUUCUUGUAAUGAGGCUUUAGACUGGGUUUGAGACUCUUGUCUCCAGCUCCUUUUUGCUUUCUACAUUUUCCACUCCUAUUUUUCCAAAAAACUUUUCUGGUAAGCCCCUAACCUUAACCUGUCUGCCAUCCACUGGUUCUUGGGCCGUAUUUGAGCAUU